AUUCGCAACAAGCUUUGUUUUACUUCGUAAUUGUGGUUUGACCACGAGGUGUACUUUGUUGCUUUACUUCACUGAGAUUGUAAUGGCGUCAACUAACGGUGGAACGGAGAUAUCUCAAGCAGAUAAAAAUGUUGAGAUGUGGCGUAUCAAAAAGCUGAUCAAAAGUUUGGAAUCUGCCAGAGGUAAUGGAACGAGUAUGAUUUCUCUCAUCAUCCCUCCGAAGGAUCAGGUGACAAGAGUUGCAAAACUAUUAGCUGAGGAGUACGGAACAGCUUCCAAUAUCAAAAGUAGAGUAAAUCGGCUGUCUGUUUUGAGUGCCAUAACGUCAGUACAACAAAGACUGAAACUGUACACAAAGGUUCCCACAAAUGGGCUUGUUGUUUAUUGCGGUACAAUAGUUACUGAGGAUGGCAAGGAAAAGAAAGUUAAUAUUGACUUUGAGCCCUUCAGACCGGUUAACACUUCUCUGUACUUGUGUGAUAAUAAGUUCCAUACAGAGGCUCUGGUAGCUCUCCUGGCGGACGACAGCAAGUUCGGCUUUAUUGUCGUUGACGGUAACGGUGCGUUAUUUGGAACCUUGUCGGGAAACACUCGGGAAGUCCUGCACAAGUUCACUGUGGAGUUGCCGAAGAAACAUGGACGGGGAGGUCAAUCUGCGCUUCGUUUUGCACGUCUGCGAAUGGAAAAACGGCACAACUAUGUCCGAAAGGUUGCUGAGACAGCCACCCAGCUUUUCAUUACAAACGACCGUCCAAAUAUUGAGGGACUUAUUUUGGCCGGCAUAGCAGAUUUCAAAAGCGAUUUAGGGCAGUCCGAUAUGUUUGACCAGAGGCUGCAAGCGAAAUUGAUCAAGAUAGUUGACAUUUCUUACGGCGGUGAAACAGGAUUCAAUCAGGCUAUUGAACUGGCAACGGAUGCAUUAACAGGCGUCAAGUUCAUCCAAGAAAAAAAGCUAAUUCAAAGAUAUUUUGAUGAGAUUUCACAGGACAGUGGCAAGUACUGUUUCGGCGUCGAUGAUACACUUAAAUCUCUGGAGAUGGGAGCCGUUGAGACUCUAAUCGUCUGGGAAAAUCUAAGUGUCAAUCGCUAUGUUCUCAAAAUGCCCAAUUCAGAAGGUAAGUCACUAUGCACUUUCCCUUCCCAUAUAAUCAACGUCUGAUGUAUUUCCUAGUGUAUGGCUGCACUGAGAACCUCAGUGACACAUAUUAAUAAUAGGUGGUACUGAGUCUCUUUCUUAAGGGAAUUGAGGCUAAUGCCGUCUUGAACAUAAUUGUGAGCCGUACCUUGAGGUCUCGGUACGUCACUCUAUAGUUCACACAGAAUUAAAUCUCGUCACUGCAUUAUCCUGUUAGCUAGAAGUUGCUGGCAGGCAGUACAAGUGACGUAUAGCAAAGUUUAGACCAUUCUUGAUGCACACCUCAGAGAUGAGCUGCUGUAUAAAGGCGUGGUCCGACAUUCAGUCUCGGCCAAGUUUAUAUGUGCUUCUUCCUUUCAGAGAACCGGGUUAUUCACCUUCGACCUGACCAGGAAACAGAUCGUCGACAUUUUAUCGAUCCUGAAACAGGUUCUGACCUAGAAAUCCUCGACACUCAACUUCUCUUGGACUGGCUGGCGCUCAAUUAUCGGUCAUUUGGGACUACGUUAGAAAUAGUCACGGAUAAGUCGCAGGAAGGAGCUCAGUUUGUCCGUGGUUUUGGGGGCAUUGGUGGUAUUUUGCGCUACCAAGUAGACUUCAACCACUUGGCGGGUGGUGAUGUUGAUUUCGAAGAUGAUUUCAAUCUUGAUGAUUACUGACAAACCAGUCCAACCUGCGGUUGGCGCAGGUUGCCUUAUGGCCGUUCACUAUGGUUGGAAUGCGGUCUUCUGUGGAAUGUUCACAAGGAUGAUAUUUGCAGAAUUACGAAAGUGACUUAUCAAGACUACACUUAUUUUGAUUGCUGUGUUAUCGAAUAAUUCAUUAUCUCUAAUUUCUCGUGUUUGUUUUUUGUCGAAUUCAUUAGAAUAAAGUGACGUAGUCACUGAUCAAUUUGUGUAGUAUAGAUAAAGUGUUUAGAUUCGAAGUUUUUGGGAAGUGUGGACUAUGAGGGUGCACCGAUCCGGGCUGUUACUAAACGGAAUGUAAUUCAGCGGCGGACCAACUUGCAUUUAAUAGGAAAUGGAAUUAUUGAGUUAUUGACCCG